CACAAUCUCAUUUUCUCUCCUUGUGUUUGUGCAAAAUCGUGCUCGCAGCCUGAAUUCUGUCCUGGAGACUUGUCCAAAGUGAGUUGACCUGGAUGCGGCUCUGGCUGUCUGUCUGUCUGUGUGUAUGUGUGUGUGUGGGGUACAGACAGACAGACAGCAGGAACUAAGUCUCUGAGCCUGUGAAUCCCAGUCUUUGUCCCCGCGUCCACCCGCGUCCACCCGCGUCCUCCUCUCAGCGCCACAAUGUCUGAACUGUUUAUGGAGUGUGUGGAGGAGGAGCUGGAGCCGUGGCAGAAACGAGCCCCUGAAGUUCACUUGAUAGAGGAUGAUGACGACGACGACGAUGAUGAUGAUGAACCCAUCUUCGUUGGAGUCCUCUCAAACAACCAGAAGAGUAGUGAGCCUAAACCUCCACCUCCGCAGGCAAACACUACAGCAACACAGGAAAUAAAGCAGCCUGUUCCUCAGCCAGCCAUCAGCUCCCCACCAAUGAUGCUGCCCCUGAAUAUCGCUCGAAAUGCAGUGACUACCGUCGCACCCACUCUGACAACAGUGACUCCACAACCCGUCAUUGUCAAUAACCAGGGAUUUAUUGUCGCGUCUCCACAAUUGGCAAACAGUGGUGGUCUUAUUGCCUCCCUUGGUAGACAGUAUCCCCCUGGAACUUCGUUCACCAUCGUACCAGCUGGUCAACAGCAGGUUUUUCAGCAGCUCAGUACAGGCACUGUGAUACCUGGUGCUGUCCACAGGCCUCAGGUCCAACAAAUCAGCAACAACAUUGUGACGUUGUCAAACGUCCAGAACCCAACUGUGUAUACAACUCAAGCUACUCACCUGCAACCCAACCAAACAGUCGCCCUCACGCUCCAGACCAACUCUGAGCCUGUACAGGCUAAUUCCACCAACAAAGGCAAGCGAGUUUUGCCACCACAGCAAACGGACACCGUGGAAAAAAGAGCAAAGCUAGAUCUCGGGCCACCUGAACAAAUUUCAAAAGGGGAAAACGGAGUUGUGAAGAAGAAGUGUCCUAAGUGUCAAGAAGAGUUCCUUACACCAGGAGCGCUGACAUUUCACAUGAUGGGUUGCUGCACAAAUCUUCAAAGUAAGGCUGCGUCAGCGCAGACCAGUGCAAACAAGUUCAUUAUGCUGGUCUCUGAUUUCUACUACGGCCAGUGUGAGGGCGAGAGUAGAAAGCAGGAGAUGCAGAAGACCAACAUGACAUUCAAGUGCCAGAGCUGUUUGAAAGUUCUCAAGAACAAUAUCAGGUUCAUGAACCACAUGAAACAUCACCUGGAGCUGGAGAAGCAGAACAGUGAGAGCUGGGAGAGCCACACGACCUGCCAGCACUGUUACAGACAGUACAUGACUCCGUUUCAGCUGCAGUGCCACAUCGAGAGUGCUCACAGCCCCAUCGAAUCCACAACCAAUUGUAAGAUAUGUGAGCUGGCGUUUGAGACGGAGCAAGUGCUGCUGGAGCACAUGAAGGACAACCACAAGCCCGGGGAAAUGCCUUACGUCUGUCAGGUUUGCAAUUACCGGUCCUCUUUCUUCUCCGAUGUGGAGACACAUUUCCGAAAUGUCCAUGACAACACAAAAGACCUGCUCUGUCCUUUCUGUCUCAAAGUUCUUAGAAGUAGUCAUAUGUACAUGCAACACUACAUGAAACAUCAGAGAAAAGGAAUCCUCCGCUGUGGGAAAUGCAGACUGAACUUCCUCACCCAGAAGGAGAGGUUGGAGCACAAGACUCAAGUCCACAAGACCUUCAGGAAACCCAAAGCUCUGGAGGGUCUUCCUCCGGGUACAAAGGUGACUAUCCGAGCCUCCCUCACAGGAAAGACGCCUGCCACGCCCGUCUCAUCGGAACACUGUGGUGUCACCGUCACCCCGGAAAAACAAAGCAAAGCUGCGCUCGGUGUGUCCAAGUCUAAGCUGAGCAUCUCUGCAGCUGCUAAAGGAAAGAUGUCUCGCAGCAAGAAGAAAGAAGUGCAGAAUUCCAAACACAACGUGUCCCUCGACAAUCUCAGCGCCGGUGGAAGAAGUUACACAUGCAUCGAGUGUAAUUCACGGGUCGACCAUUUCUUCUCUCACUUCCCAAUGCUGUCGAGUUGUGGUGCGUGCAAGUAUCAGACCAGCUGCAAAGUCUCCAUCGGAAAUCACAUGAUUAAGUUUCAUAGCACGGCCAAAAACAGACUUCUGAAGAAGGAUCCGAGGAAGAGUUUGUCGACGCUAAAAUUAACUCUGGUCUGUCUCAACUGUGACCUCCUGGUGGACGCGUCAGGCGGUGACCUGAUGACCAAACACUUAACUGAUCGACCGAAUCACAUAUGCAAAAUCAUUCAGGAGAAAACAGAUAUCAAGACCAAAGAUCAAGCACUCACCGUGGCACAGCCUGCAAGUAUCCUGUACCUCAUGACAUCAGCUGCUGCUCACAGACCACAGGACGUCACAUCUGGACGUUUGUCUGGUGAUGACGUCACAUCUGGAAGUGAUGAUGGCGUCACAUCUGGACGUUUGUCUGGUGAUGACGUCACAUCUGGACGUGAUGAUGGCGUCACAUCUGGACGUUUGUCUGGUGAUGACGUCACAUCUGGACGUUUGUCUGGUGAUGACGUCACAUCUGGACGUGAUGAUGGCGUCACAUCUGGACGUUUGUCUGGUGAUGACGUCACAUCUGGACGUGCUGAUGGCGUCACAUCUGGACAUUUGUCUGAUGAUGACGUCACAUCUGGACGUGAUGAUGGCGUCACAUCUGGACGUGAUGAUGACGUCACAUCUGGACAUUUGUCUGAUGCCUGCAUUGAUCAGUCAGAGCCAGAGUUGAUGUUAGAAGCCGGAGAUCAGGGUUCCUCUGAAGAUUUGAUGAGAGGAGAAAUCCAGCUGUUGUCGCUGCCUGCUGUGUCGUCUUCCUGUCCACCAGAUGGCGCUGUAGAGCUGUGUGAUGGAGCAGUAAGUGACUCGGAGAGUCCAGAUGUUGGAGAGCAGUUCCCUGAGCAUGAGACUAAAUCUGAAUAAAAUCUGUGCAUCAAACACCAGGACCACGGUCUUAACUCAAAAAAGUCAGAUUAAAAAGAAGCGGUUAAUGGUCCACACUUCAUGUCGUCAUUUCUUCUCGAAGUCUUUAUUUAGGUACACGGCAGCAUAUUGUACUUAUUUAACGUCCGUUAAAGAGAAUCUUUUUGUAACAUUUAGUUGGUUUCUCUCUCUCUCUCUCUCUCUCUUGUGUUGAAUUUGAGCUGUGAUUUCCUGUAACUACUGGUGUUUGUGUCGACCUGCACUGAUGAACAGGUGCAGUGAGGAUUCAUCAGUGACCACAGAAUGUAGCUUUAAAGCGUUAAAGAAAACACGAGCACAUGUACAGCAGAUAGCGACGUCCUUUAGAAAAGUCACUUUAGUCAAACACAUGAGCCUUGAUGUUCACAGAUGACCUUUGUUACAGAAAGUGAUUCAUAAAACAUAAAAUGAUGUUUGUUUACUUUGUUUGGCUCAAAAUCUAAAGUUAUUCUUUUUAAGCAGAUGUGCAAAUACGUCCUCGUCUGUGAUGACACUGUAAAUGUAACCCAAGUCUUUCAGUACAUGCCUCUAUCUCUAAAUAUGUUUUCAUCAGAUCUAUAAACUGAUGGCUUUGGAUCAGUGGGUUUUUUCUCUUGUUUGUAAUGUAAAUAAAUCUUAAUUCAGUCGUU